AUGCUACUCCUGGCGUCUUCAAUCGUCAGCAGCGUCUUCCUCCGCGGGCAGCGUCUGUUUCAGCGGGCAGCGUCUGUUUCAGCGGGCAGCGUCUUCCCGGCCAGCAGCGUCUACCUCAGCGGGCAGCGUCUUCCUGGCCAGCAGCGCCUACGUCAGCGGGCAGCGUCUUCCUGGCCAGCAGCGUCUUCCUCUACGGGCAGCGUCUGUUUCAGCGGGCAGCGUCUGUUUCCGCGGGCAGCGUCUUCCCGGCCAGCAGCGUCUACCUCAGCGGGCAGCGUCUUCCUGGCCAGCAGCGCCUACGUCAGCGGGCAGCGUCUUCCUGGCCAGCAGCGUCUUCCUCCACGGGCAGCGUCUGUUUCAGCGGGCAGCGUCUGUUUCAGCGGGCAGCGUCUUCCUGGCCAGCAGCGCCUAUGUCAGCGGGCAGCGUCUUCCUGGCCAGCAGCGUCUUCCUCCACGGGCAGCGUCUUCCUCCGCGGGCAGCAUCUGUUUCAGUGGACAGCGUCUUCCUGGCCAGCAGCGCCUACGUCAGCGGGCAGCGUCUUCCUGACCAGCAGCGUCUUCCUCCACGGGCAGCGUCUGUUUCAGCGGGCAGCGUCUUGCUGGCCAGCAGCGUCUUCCUCCGCGGGCAGCGUCUGCUUCAUCGGCAGCACGUCCCCGGACACUUCCUACAAAAUGGGUUGCGCAGGUUCCACCGCCCACGGUGAAGCACUUAACCAGGAGGCGGUGGCGGAUCAGCCGGACACGAGUUUCCCGCAGUACACAAUCAUAGUUGCAAACAGUGGCACUACCAAGCUGGAAACCUCGAUUCAGAAAAUCGGAAUGCUUGCGCAUCUUUAUAAUGUAAAAGCUUUCAAGGGCAAACCUUGGAAAGUGUAUUUAGUGCGGACUGCUGCUGCUGGUGGUAAUCCUGAGGGACUGAUCAAACUGCUGGAAAGUGGUGGGGGUGACCCCACAACAAGCGCGCUUUCCAACGUUCAGGGACAGAUUCAGUACAUCAUAAUCCGUGGAGACAAAAUGGUGGAGUUCAUGGCCGAUCGCGGAGGGGAUUUCAAUGCAGCGCGGCAAGCCGCCGAAGAACUGUGGACACCGGAACAUACGCUGGCUCCUAUAGAAGAGUUUACCGGUUUAAGCCAGAUUAGUAUUUCUCCAUCUAAACCCCCGAAAGAAUCAUUACAAAAAUACUCGGUGUUUGCCGAGGGAAAAGCAAGUGCUAAGAAACAGUCUCGUAUUGCGGAAUGAGACGGCCUGUGUCCCAGUCUAGGCUGUACGAAGGUUGAUUGCGGUAUUUUA